ACCUCUUUUUAAGUCCCAAAGACAAAAACCCUAAAGAGUUUUGAUGUCAGGGAAACGUUUCAAUCCGUUGGAAGAUCCGCCGAGCGCAUCAUCAAGCGACGAAGAUGACCAAGUAAAAACGACUUCACUCGCAGGAAACUCUUCUUCGGAAGACGAAACCGACGAUGAGUCCUCUAAAAACCCAUCCUCGAACAAACCAGAGUCUGCUCCUGAGAAGCAGCAGGUCUCCAAUUCCGAAUCUGGGUCUGAUGAAGAAACCGAUUCCGAUUCUCAAACCGUUCGGGUCAAGAAGAACCCAGGAUCAUCCUCGGAUGCUAAUAAAUCCAUCGCAGGAACGAAGGAUUCAGCUGUGGUGAAGAAUCAUGAUUCCAAAAAGGUGAAACCUUUAACAAAGAAGCGUUCUUUGAGUGAGACAGAUGGAGCAGCAGCAGCAGCCUCGAAGGAAGCCAAGAAGGUCAAGAGUGGUGGUUCAGGAGAAGAGGCCAAGAAGACCUAUUUCCAGCGAGUUUGGAGUGAGGAAGAUGAGAUUGCUGUUUUACAAGGUCUUAUUGAUUACAGAAACGAUACAGGGGCAAGUCCUUAUGAUGACACAAACGCGUUUUAUCUGUCUGUGAAGAAAUCUAUUAGCUUUGAUGUUAGUAAAACCCAAGUCAUAAAGAAGAUUUGGGGUUUGAAGACUAAGUACGAGAACAAUCUUGGCAAAGAGGAGCUGACAUUUUCUAAACCUCAUGAUCGCAAGGCCUUUGAUUUGUCUAAGUUUGUUUGGGGAGCUGAUGCGGCGGCUUUGGAUUCAGCUGUCAAGUCCAAUGGGAAGUCUAAGAAGAGCAGUAAGUCUAAAGUCGAGCCCGAGAAGGUGGCUUUGGAUUCAGCUAAUGGGAAGUCGAAGAAGAGUAGUAAGUCGUCGUCGAAGAAAGUUGAGCCUGAGAAGCAAGAGCUAGCUUCUUCUUCUUCGCCCAAUGGUAAAAGCUGUGAAGAAGAGGCGAUGACUAAUAAAGGAGAAGCAUCGAGUGUUGUGGAAGUGGAUGCGUUUGAUAAGUCUGUUCUUGUUAAGGCACUAGCGCGUUUUGGUGUGGAUGAUCUUUCUGCUCAGCAAGGUUGGAGUAGGCUUGCCUUGGAGGAUAAGAAGAGAUUCGAGGAGGAGUGGAAAACGUUGCAGCUUAGGGAGCUUGAGUUUUAUUCCAAGAAGAGUGGUUUCAUUCAUGAGGUGAUUACAAAGAUGGCUGAAUCAUUUCCACCAAACCCUUAAGACAUAUAUGUUUUUUGUUCUGUCUCUUUUGCAUUGAACUCUGGCCUUUUUGUGUUUUGUCCUUUCUAUUGAUUCUUUAAGAGUUCAUUGUGGAA